AUGGCUGAUGCUGAUACAAAGCUGUUGAGCGUUGAGGAUUCGGACAAAGACGGGGAUACUUUCGAAGACGCCCCAGAUAUGCAUUCUCGCUCCCAUUCUCAGCAAUCUCACCUUUCAAGUACCUCUAUCCCUCCGUCGGUAAAAGAGGGGGAACCCUCUUCCGCUACCUCAACCCCUAGGUCCUCAAGAGUUUUAAACAUAAAUAGUAAUGACAUGAAUGGGAGCGUAGACAAUACUUCCUCCCAAGAGGUGCCCGAGUCAAAAGAAGGUCAUAUACCUGCCAAGUCGCCUUUACUGACAGCUCAUUCCGCCUCAAAUUCUGAAGCGCACAAAUUGCAUGUCGGAGGAGAUGCAACGGACGAUCAAGCAGGAAAUCCGUCCACAACAGCCGGGGAUACACCUCAAAAGCCAAAUUCUCCAACAAAGCUGCCGUCAAGGAUGAAGGGACUUUCCGGGAGCAUUCCAUCUGUCCCUUGGGGGCCACCGCCGUCUACUAAGCCGCACGAGGCGAAACCCUCGGUCACCCCAAAUGCAAAAAAGUCUGGCAUAGGUUUCUCGUGGUUCAGCAGAAAGCCGUCCGCCAAUAUAGAUACGAGCACAAUCUCCCAAGGAAAACCCACAAAUUUGAGAGAGCGGCGAAAUACUGCAGCGUCCGUGAAUUCUCUCGCCUCGAAUCCUGAACUUAUGCUGAAUAAAUUGGAUGAAGCGAACGACUCCGACGGAUCUGAUCCAAAGAAGAAACAAGGAGAUAGUCUGAGAGAUCGCUUCAAGCUGCUGCGGAUGAGAGAAGAGGCCGGGAUUCAGACGCUUGAGGGGCAAGCAACAGAUGCGUCGAACGAGAGCGGUGGAGUCCUUGCUGGACUCAUCGGUCGAAGUACGAGCCUUGGUGUAGGGGUUGGAAGCCCGACUAGCGUUGCGGACGAAGCAGAUUCGGAGCCUCCACCUGCUACUAGUCCGAUAACCUCGCCAGCAGUCAGAUCGCCUGGAGUCGGUCCUGCUCCAUCAGAUCCGAAUUUAGCUCCUGGGACUGCAGCAGGCAUGACAGCAGGGCCAUCUGCAAUGACUGAUCCCGCGGCACCAGUCGACUGGGACUUGUGGCAAGCUGUAGUCUACGAAGGCCCAGCAGCAGUAGCAAGGACUAGCGCGGAAGAGCUAAACAGAGCGAUAGCCACAGGUAUUCCCAGUGCCAUAAGGGGCGUCGUCUGGCAAGUUCUUGCUCAGAGUAAGAAUGAAGAGCUGGAAGGUGUAUAUAAGGAGCUAGUUGUCCGAGGUACAGAUAAAGACCAUGAUUUGACAGCAAGUCUACAGGGCCAUGCACCGUCACAAAGUCUUGCAAAUAGUAAUCUUAAGGAAUAUAAAUCUGUCACUUCAUCGGCUUCGUCAAUGCACUCGGAUCAUUCGACUCCAGCAACCUCAGCAACUAACGGCCUACACUCACCCACGUCAUCACAAGAGAAAGAAGGUGAAAACACAGCCAAAUUACAAGCAGCAAUGAUCGUCGAGAGAAAAAAGAAGGCACAAGAAGACAAAAGCGCAAUCCACAAGCUCGAAAAGGUCAUAAAAAGAGAUUUGGGGGCGCGAACGAGCUAUUCCAAGUACGCUGCAGCUGCAGGUCUACAAGACGGUUUAUUCGGGCUGUGCAAAGCAUACGCUCUUUUCGAUGAAGGUGUCGGCUACGCGCAGGGAAUGAAUUUCCUGGUCAUGCCCCUUCUAUUCAGCGUUCCUGAAGAGGAAGCGUUUUGUCUUCUAGUACGGCUGAUGAAUCACUAUCAUCUUCGAGAAAUGUUCAUAAAAGACAUGCCGGGCCUCCAUCUCCAUCUUUAUCAGUUCGAAAGGUUACUCGAGGACCUUGAACCUGCCCUUUAUUGCCACCUUCACCGAAAGGGGGUCCAGCCACGACUUUACGCCACACAGUGGUUUCUCACCCUGUUUGCAUACCGAUUUCCGCUCCAAUUGGUUCUCAGGAUAUACGACUUAAUCCUGAGUGAAGGGCUUGAGGGUGCAAUUCUCAAAUUUGGGAUAGUCCUUAUGCAAAAGAAUGCAGAGACGCUUCUCGACAUGAACGACAUGGCCCAGCUAACCAAUUUUCUCAAGGAUAAACUAUUCGACGUCUACAUCGAUCAAGCCCCAACAAGCAGCUCCAUUCUCGAAUCGGGCUUCUUCGGUACUUCAGGCGACAAGGAAAUAUACCGAGCAGAUACAUUGGUGCAGGACGCGUGUGCGGUGAAGAUCACACCUGAGAUGCUCAAGUCGUACACGGCCGAAUGGGAGGAAAAACAGCGCAUUGAGAAGGAGCAAGAAGCAGAGCUCGAAGGUCUCCGUACUGCUAACGCAACUCUGACAAACAAGGUUCGUAAUCUGGAGGAACGAGCAGAAAAAUCCGACACCGAGCACGUCCAGAUGGCUUCGCAGCUCGUGCGCACCAAAGUCGAGAACCAAGAACUUAGCGAUAACGUCGAAAGUCUCAAGGGCCAAACGGAGGAGCUCAGAGUAUUGGUGGACAAGCAGACCGAAGAAGUUGAACAGAGACUCAAGGGCGAGAUGGAAACAAGCAUGCAGCGAAAUUUGGAAGUACAGAACGAAAACCGUGGAUUGGAGGAACACAUGGCUGAAAUGGAGAAGGUUUUGGUGGAGACGAAGAUGCAGUUUGCGGAGGUAUGUGAUCUUUUACGUCAGGGGCAGAGCUUUCCAGCAUUUGCACCUGAUGAGUGA